GCCAAACCACAGGCUUCCCAGUCUUAUAACUAUAUUCUCAGCUCCAAACUACCUGGAUGUGUACAACAAUAAGGCAGCCGCUUUAAAGUAUGAGAAUAAUGUCAUGAAUAUCAGACAGUUCAACUGUUCCCCUCAUCCAUACUGGUUGCCUAAUUUCAUGGAUGUCUUUACUUGGUCUCUUCCAUUUGUGGGAGAGAAGUAACUGAAAUGUUGGUCAAUGUGCUCAACAUUUGCUCUGAUGAUGAAUUGAUGUCGGAAGGGGAUGAUGCAUUGGAGGAAGCAAAUCUCAGAAAAGAAGCCAUCCCAAACAAGAUUCGUGCUAUUGGGAAAAUGGCUCAUGUGUUCUCUGUGCUUCGUGAGGAGAGUGAAUCUGUAUUGCAGCUCAAAGGGCUCACUCCUACUGGUGCUUUGCCCUUGGGCGCCCUAUCUGGGGGCAAGACAUCUCUCAAAAAUGCGUUGCAAGGAUUUUCACCCAACCACAAGAUCACUUCAUUUGCUGAAGCUAAGGGAUUGGAUGCUAUCAACGGCGCAUGCCACCACGGCGUGAUGGCCAGCGUAGCACCUUAUGCUCAAGAUAAAAACCGCAUGUGAACAGCAAUGCACAUUCGUGAAGUGCUCGCUUUUAUUUCUCUUCGAUCCUUACAUUUUGAUCCACGAUUAUAGUGGUAGUGAAAUAUAUGUGAAGGA